CCAACAAGUAAAACAAAUCGCAGACAGUUGAAAGCUUUUAGAGGCGAGAGUAACGUUUAAGGAUAAAAUAAAACUUAUAAAAAUACGCUAAAACAAAAUAAAUAACCAUAACGAAAUGCUUAAAAUUCACCACUUUAGUCUGGCCAGCGCUAAAUUAAAAGUGAUAAAAGUUUUUCUCUUAGUUAUCGUUUACUCCUCACUGAUGCCCACCUGUCUGCUAAAGAGUCGAGUGGUGCAUGGUAAACGUUUUGUCAUACAUGUUCCCGUAAAGAUAAGAACCCAUCAUCACACGCACACCGUCUACACUCAUAUGCAUGAUAAAACCCACAGUGGCAGUGCGGGUAAAGCUUCCAAACAAACUAUUUAUAAAAUAAUGGGCUACUCAACACAUCAUACUGGUUUAGCAGCAGGAGGUGCUGGUGUUGGUGGCGGUAUGGGAGGUGUUAAAUCACAUCAACAUCGUCAUCAUGGUCAUGGGCUUGGUUAUCGUCAUAAUCGUGGUGGCGGCGGCAAUGGUUAUGGCGAAAUUAAUUAUGACGAUUUUUUAAAUUGUGAUGAAGCAUUACCUCAAACUACUGGAAUUGGCGGAGGAGGAGGAGGAGGUGGUGGUGUUGUUGCCCCCAGUCCUGGUGGCGAUAUGAUAUUUAAUCAUUUUUCAAGACAAGAUGAAGAAGAUUAUCCAGAUUUAGAAGCUAUUAUAGACGAUGAGAUUGGUGAUGAAUGGGUAUAAGUUAAGUUUUAGCUGUAUUAUUAAAUUUAUUUAUAGAAUAAGUAGAGUUCAAAUAAAAUAUGUACAUAAGUAGUUAGUUUUAAGAGUAGUUAUAUGUAUAGUUUUUAAUCGUCUGUCUAAAUUUGAUUAAAAGAUCAGAAUUUCCAGUGAA